UAAAAAUGAAAAAAGAACAUGAUUUACCGUAUUACAAGGUUGUUCCUGCUCAUCGUAGCUUUCGUAGCGUUAGUGGGUAUCCGGGACACUUCCGCUGCUAUCACCGGGAAGAUUUCAGGUGUAGUCACCGCUGAAGCGACGAAAGCACCGCUGGCGGAUGUCACAGUAACAAUUGUGGGGACAAGCAGCACCACAACGACAAACGAUGCAGGCUAUUAUGUCCUCAUCAAUAUCCCACCGGGCGGUUAUGAUGUGAAGACGGAACUUGCUGGCUACGGCACUGAGACUGUGGCGGGCGCGAAGGUGUUUCGCUGGGCUUACCACAACCUUAAACUUCGCUCUAAAGGCUGCCGACGUUGUCACGCUCGAAGAGGUAACGGUAAGGGCUGUCAAACCGCU